AUGCGGUUAACCGUGUAUAAAGUAGCCACACUAAUACUGCUCAGCGCUUUAAGUAAGGGAGAGCUGCCUGAAGAUGACUUCAGGAUAAUAAAUCGACAAGACCUGCUAACCUCAGAGCACAGCGACAUAUUUGUGGACAACAGUACGAACUCAUUUUCGCAACUUGUUUUCGAUGUGGCAAGGGACCAAUUGAUCGUGGGCGCAAGGGAUGCCUUGUACCGCCUUUCACUUCGCGGCCUCGGCGUACUAGAACGAGCAGCCUGGGUGGCCUCAUCGGAGAAGAUCAAGUUGUGCCAAGUAAAGGGUCAGACGGAGGAAGACUGCCAUAACUUUGUUAAAGUUCUAUUGGCAUAUGAACAUAAGCUAUUCGCUUGUGGGACUCACGCGUUCAGUCCUGUCUGCAGUUGGAGAGAGAUCGAGUCAAUAAACACAGUGUCAGAAUGGAUGACUGGUGUAGCCAACUGUCCGUACAAUCCUCACUCGAAUGUGACUGCUAUUUUGACCAGCAACGGAGAAUACUACGCUGGAACGCCAACAGAUUUUGCCAGCUCCGAUACGGCUAUAUGCAGAAGUCGAGGUGCCGCUCGACGGGACUCUGGCACUCUUCGGACGCCCCAGUACGACUUAAAUUGGUUGAACGAACCCCAGUUCGUGGGUAGCUUCGAAGAUGAUCACUUCGUGUAUUUCGUUUUUAGAGAAGAGGCUGUCGAGUUUAUGAAUUGUGGGAAGAUUAUUUACUCUCGCGUCGCCCGUGUCUGCAAAAACGAUCCUGGCGGUUACUUAGUCAUGAAAGACAGUUGGAGUACCUUCCUCAAGGCUAGAAUCAAAUGUUCAGUUCCGGGAGACAUACCCUUCCACUACGAUGAAAUUCAAAGCAUGGAGUAUCUGCCUCAAGAGAAGCUUUUGAUAGCUACGUUCACUACUCCUACGAAUAGUAUAGCCGGCAGUGCUGUCUGCAUCUACAGCAUGUCAGACAUCAAUGCCGCAUUUGAAGGUCCAUACAAGGUACAGGACCGACCAACGUCGACAUGGGAGCCACGUUCUCUUUCCAAGCAGGCCCGGGAUCAUUUCAGAUGUAUUCCUGAUUCAAGAGCUCAUCAAGAAAUAGAAUAUCACAGAUAUCACUUGAUGUACGAAUCAGUACAGCCAGUGUCCGGAGAACCAGUUUUUAAAAUGACGUCAGAGCGUUUCACCCAUGUCACUGUCGAUGUUACCAGUGCGAAAAGUAUUGAGAAACAACUCGUAUUGUAUGUGGCUACACAAGCAGGCAAUGUUCUAAAGUUAGGAGUAUUACCGAAAUUAGACGGAGCUUGUUUGGUCGAGAAGUGGCAAUUAAAUGAGAAUAAUAAAGCUUUUGAUGUGCUGAACAUGCAGUUCGUUAAGGAUACGAUGUCAGUUUACAUCGGCAGUACGGACAGCGUGGUCCGUAUCUCGGGCGCUCGUUGUUCCCGCUACUCGAGCCGCUCGGGCUGCGUGCUGGCCACCGACCCGCACUGCGGAUGGGACGACGCACGCGAACGGUGCGUGCUCGCCACCACGAGACUAGGCGACCCUGCCUUUAAACAAGCUACGCAUGUGUGUGGUGUUGUUGAUUCACCAGUUGAUGGCGGAUGGUCAAGUUGGUCAACUUGGGAGCCGUGCAUGCAGGACGGCACAUCCUUGUCUCUGUACGAUGACGAUAAACCCGACAUGUGCAUGUGUCGGACGAGGCGCUGCGAUAAUCCACGACCGGCUUAUGGCGGGCAAACUUGUGAAGGCGCCGCUAUAUCGGUUACCAACUGCACUGUUCACGGAGGUUGGUCGUCUUGGUCAGGCUGGUCAAAAUGCUCAGCAUCCUGCGGCAUUGCCAUAAAGUCCAGGCGUCGAACUUGCAGCGCGCCAGAACCCAAGUUCGGUGGCCGGGUCUGUGUGGGACUCGACAACGAUGACGUAUAUUGUAACUUACCUCCUUGUCCUGAUCCAACCUUGGCAGCUGUUGAUGGUGGCUGGACAGAAUGGGGUCCUUGGUCAGUGUGCACACCCACGCCUGGUGCCGGUUGCGGCCCUUCUGGUGGUUUGAAGGAGAGGAGACGCGACUGCACCAACCCUCCUCCCAAGAAUGGAGGCGCGGAAUGCGAAGGAUUGAAUAUGGAGCGGGUGCCCUGUGACCUGCCGACCUGUGAGCAGAGAAAGGCUACCGCUUGGACGCCAUGGGUACAAAUACCUGGAAACGAUUCCGACGGUAGUUACACAGAGAAAAGAUUUAAGUUCCAAUGUCGAGCUCCAUCGCCGGAACAGUUGAAGACGGUCACUAUAAUAGGAAAGCGUGGUGUCGGCAGUUGUCCCGUGGUGCGCGAGGACGAGCGCUACUGCACGGCGCGCGGGCGCUGCAGCAGCGAGCGCGCGGACGAGGAGUCGGGCUACGAGGCGUGGGGCCCGUGGCAGGCCUGCUCGGCCGUGUGCGGCGGCGGCCAGCAGCGCCGGCGCCGCCGCUGCCUGCGCCGCGCCUGCCGCGGGCCCGCCGACAUGCUGCGCGCCUGCAACACGCACGCCUGCACCGGUGAAUGGUCGUGUUGGAGUGAAUGGAGUGAAUGCAGCGGAGAAUGUACUGACGGUAUAACGAGUGCAGCCGGACACCGCACCCGCACCCGCAUGUGCCUGUCGCCGGACGGCUGCACCGACGCAGGCGCCGCUCUCGAGCGACGCGUGUGUGUUAACAACUGCGCUGACCCAGAAGCGGGCUGGGGGGAGUGGGGCGAGUGGGCAGCAUGCACAGCAGGCGAACGAGUUCGCCGUCGGUCUUGCCAAGCUGGUGCUUGUCUUGGAGCUCAGCUACAAGUCGCUAGAUGUGGCGACGGGGGCGAUGAACUUGAUAAUGAACUCUACGCUAUGCCAGCUUAUAGCCAAAACGUGGAGAUGGCGUCUUUUGUUACGAUGUCCAACAACGAGUCGUUGAGUUUAGGCACAAUCAUUGGAUGUGUGGUUGGUGCCUUUGUCAUGGGCUGCCUUGUUUGCCUGGCUGGAGUGAUAUUCUGCCAACGGCGUGGCACCCGCCUUCCUUGGAACAGACAGCAACGAGUACCUUCUAGUCCUCACUACAUCACAGCGAAGCAAAAUAGUUAUGUCACUGUGCCACUGAAGGAAGUUCCACGUAAAGCGAAACGCCAACCAUCGUUCUCGGGCAUCGGGAGUUCAAGCGGGAUACUCCUAUCAAAAGCGAACAACAUAUCAAACGUGAACAACCAUAAUACUAUGGCAACACCUAAACUAUACCCGAAAGCCAUAGCCAAUGAGUAUGACUCCCUAGGGACAUUGAGGAGACAUUCAAACCAGCCAAAUAAUAAGAACAACUUGGAUAUCGAAGAGGAUAAGUUCUAUUGA